CCGGCUUUCACAUCACUAAAAACUAAACUAAGUUCAGUACUAUAAAAUCAUUUCUAGUGGGAACAUUACACGGUUUAUUAUUUAUUUUUUCAAUAGUUUUUCAGUGUUUUCUUCAAUAAAAGAAUUAUUGUUUUUUGUAUUACUUCAUUUCGUCAGCAGUCGCUAUGGACGAUAUUGAAAAGCCACGUGACGAUGGAUCAGAUAUUUCCAAAAAAUUUGCAGGAAAAUCAGUGUUUAUUACAGGUGGAACUGGUUUUGUUGGAUUAUGUUUAGUUAAUAAAUUAUUGAUGAGUUGUCCAGAUGUUAAAACGAUAUAUUUAUUAUUAAGGCCAAAAAAGAAUAAGGAUAUUCAGGAUCGCUUAAAGGAUAUUGCUAAAAAUGCUAUUUUCGAAACACUUUUGUAUACGGAAAGUGAAGAUAUAUUUAAGAAAUUAUACGCUGUUGCCGGUGAUGUGGGCGAAGAAAAUUUAGGUUUAUCACAAGAGGACCGUAAUUUAUUAAUAAAUAAUGUUAACGUUGUAUUUCAUAGUGCAGCAACAUUAGACUUUGCUGAAACGCUUAAGAAAACUGUGGAUGUUAAUUUACUUGGAACGCGACGAAUUGUUCAAUUGUGUAAACAAAUUAAAAAUCUAGAGGCAUUAGUACAUGUAUCAAGUGUCUACGUUAACUCAUACAAACUAGAAGCAUCCGAACAACUAUAUCCAAAACCAGCUGAUCCCGAAGAAAUUAUCAGAUUGGUAAAUGAAUUAAGUGAAAAAGAAUUAGAUGCUAAAACACCAGAAAUAUUAAGAGAUCAUCCAAACACGUACACAUUUACAAAACAUUUAGCAGAACAUGAGGUGAAUAAUAGUGCCGGUCAAAUUCCUUGCGCAAUUGUACGACCUAGUAUGAUUACAGCAGCAUGGAAAGAACCUGUACCGGGAUGGACAAUCAGUAAGAAUGGUCCACAAGGAUUUUUGAUGGGUGCUUCGAAAGGUAUUAUACGUCGAUUACCUGUUGGUACAGACUUGGUUUAUGAUUAUAUUCCAGUCGAUGUUGUGGUUAAUGAAUUGAUUGUGGCAGCGUAUCACGUUAUGGUUACGAAACCCAACACAUUAAAAAUAUUCCAAUGUUGUUCGAGUUCUUACAAACCAUUCAAAUGGAAUAUGAUCCAACAUAAAAUUAACGAAUAUUUACAUUCAUUUCCGCUAAAAUCCGCUGUAUGGUAUCCACAUUUAAAAUUUGUAGAAAGUGUUCGUGUCUUUAAGUUGAUUGCAUUCUUUGUACAUAUGAUUCCUGCAUUUAUUUUAGAUUUUGUUACAAAAUUAGCUGGUGGUCGACCAAUCUUAGUACGUUUACAUACAAAUGUUAAUAAUUCAUUGGAUCGUUUGGAGAAGUUUAUCUUUACAGAAUGGAAAUUCGACAAUAAAAAAACAUUAGAAUUACAAAAAACAUUGAAUAAAACAGAUCGAGAGAAAUUUAAUAUUGAUAUUGGAACAUUGGAUUGGGAAAGCUAUUUUAUUGAUUUAACUCAGGGUGUACGCCGAUAUUUAAACAAUGAAGGCGUUAAAACUUUAGAAGCUGCACGUGGAAAAGAUACAUUGUUAUUAUUUGCUCAUGUUAUCUUACAAUUAUCGAUUUAUGCACUGUUAUGGUUUAUUUUCGCUUGUAUUUUGGGUACAACAAUGGUGAAAUCAGCGUUUAUAGUUCCAAUUGCAUAUGUACUUUUAAGUCAACUGUAAAAAUUUUCAUAAUUUUUCAUCUCAUUCAAUUAUCUUCUUCAUGAAUAGAUCUUUCCAUUUUAAAUUAACAAAAAAUCCAAAUAUCUUUU